AGCUGCGGAUGCAUCCGACGGCCCCCCGCACAGCGGCUGCGGCGAGGGAGGAGGAUGCAUGACCGAGUUGGCCGUUUUUGACCGGGGGCCCUGCGAUGCUCUCGGCGGUGCGUUUUUGCGCAGACUGCUGGCUGCGACACUGAUUGCAACCAGCUGGUGUCCCACUGCGGGCAGCGCGGGGAGCGACGUGAGCGCUCCGCGCGAGUUCCGUGUGGCGCACCGCCCCUGCGGGGCAGCGGUUUGCCGGGUGCCCCUGCUGGUGCAGCGCCGGGCCGCCCUCGCCAACCGGACCCAGGGGACCGAAGGCAAUGCGUCGGCGUCGAAGACCAGCAACGAGUUGGUCCACCACACGAGCCGGAAGAAGAGCGCCAAGCAAAGCAAGGAUGGCAUCAACCAUGUCCUCGAGGACGUUGCGGAGGAGGUCCUUGAUGGGAACUCGAAGCUUUUGGCUGGCCUGCGAGCCCUCAGUGCGAGUUCCUUCCACCAGGGGAUGCCUUACACGGUGCUCAUGAGCCUGCUGACCAGCCGGUCGAAUCCCAUGCGCUUCCUGAUCGCUUUUGUGGUGUGCGCGAUGGUCCUUUCCGUGGCCAUCGCUCUCUACUGCCGCUGGGAGCGGUCGUCGCCCUCUUCCAGCGCGGAGGCGAGUUCCUCGCCCCCCCUGCGGCGAGCGGUGCACUCCGCCCCAGGCCCGCCGCCCUCGUUGCUGACCUCCCCCUGCGGAAGUCCGUCCUCCAGGGACGGCCGCUCGCGCUGGCUUUGCCCGUCUCUCGUGGUGCCCAGUGGGAUGGAGCUGGUCUUUGCGGCCACCCGGUUCGGUUGGAAACGGAAGCUUUUUGGGGUGAAGCGGGGUGGUGUGGUGGUGGACGAAUUCGGAUCUCGUGGCGGGAUUUUCCUGCGAUCGCUCGACGAACGACCGCUUGCUUGGGUCCGGACCGGCCCUCUCUACGAGAAGGGCGCUGGAGUUCCACAGAUCUGUUGGCCCUCCGGCGAGGUCUAUGGGACCGUGGCCAAGGAGGAUCCGGUGCCCAACAAGCGCUACACGCUGCGGGACAAGUCAGGGCAACGGAUCUUCACCUACAACGGGAACUUCCAAGAGAAGGCCAUCAACGUGGUAAGCGCCUCCGGGCGCCUGGUCUGCGACACGGAGCGUUGCCAGGUGCCCUUCGGGAGCACCGCGCACUUCCAGGUCCGCGUCGCGCCCAGUGUGGAUGCCGGGCUGAUCCUUUGCGGUCUGCUGGCCAUCGACAAGCUUCGGAGGGUCUGAGACGGCCCGACCGUGGGCCGAGACAGCGCAGCUCCGUGUCACUGAUCACUGAUUGGUGAAGAAU